CUCCCACCUCCCCCAACGACCAUCUGCUGCAAGCCUUCUCUGGUCCUUUUUUCUCUUUCGACAGACACGCAUUAUGACUAAAGAGACCCCCAGUCCGAUGCUGGCGCUGGUCUGUCAAGUAGAGGCCGCCAUCAACACCCCCGGCCAGCUACCCCCCGCCAGUGAUGCCCUACACUCGCGAUUACUCGCCGCGACGCGGAAUCUCCUGACCAGCCUAGAAACCCCCGAGAGCCAAUUGAUGCAUCUGGCCAAGGCACCUGUGGCUCACGGGGUGUUGCGCGCCGCUCUGCGCAUCCGAGUGUUCGAGCGCUUCGAUGAGGGGCCUCCCACCGCUACGGAUCUGGCGCAACGCUGCGGCAUCGAUGUUGCGCUUCUCGUGCGUCUCAUGCGAACACUGGCCGCCAUCGGCAUCUUCACCGAACCCAGCCCGGGUGUCUACGCCCAUUCCCGACAAUCGCAAACUCUACGCCAGCCCCAACAUCGGGCUGUGAUCCAGGGCAUGUGCGUGAAUCUAACAAUCUUUGCCCCUCUCGAUGUUGCCUCUCGUGCUCAUACAUCGACCGAUCGCAGGGCCGAGACCGCGACGCUGAUGACGGCGCUGCCGGACUUCCUCGAGACUCACCAGUGGCAGAACCCGGUGGAUGCGCAGCCCACCCUCUUCGGUUUCGCCCAUCACACCGAUCAGACUAUGUUCGAGUGGCUGGAGUCGCAGCCCGAGCAGCGCGCCAUCUUCGCUGCCUUCCAAUCCAGCACCGCCGCCCUCGCUGUGUGCCAACUGCAGCCUUUCCUCCGCAGCCUGCUCACAGCAUCCUCAUCCUCAGAGGACCCGUCAGACGAUGAAUCUAGCGCGGUCACGCUCGUCGACGUGGGAGGCGGACGAGGCGCCGUGCUCCGCCAGGUCAGCGACGAGCUGAAUCCGCCGCCGCGCGGUCGCAUUGUGCUGCAGGAUCUGCCCCAGGUCUUGAAGGGGGUGGACGGUGGCGAGCGCGUCGAAUUGAUGCCCUACAACUUUCUCCAGCCCCAACCCGUGCAUGGAGCCCAGACCUACCUCUUCCGUCACAUCUUCCACAACUGGAGCAAUGGGGUGGUCGCGACCAUCCUGCAGAACACCGUGGCCGCGAUGGGUCCAUCCUCGCGACUGGUCAUUGUCGACCUGGUCCUGCCAGACGCAGGCGGCGCGUCACCCUACGCGGCCUUUUUGGAUAUGAGCAUGAUGGCAUUCGGGGGCAUGGAGCGCACCGAGGCGCAGUGGCGGGGGAUCUUGGAGCGGGCUGGGCUGCAGGUCCGCCGCAUUGAGCCGUUGGAUGCGCAGACCCCGGGGUCGGACCACUUUAUUGAGGCGGUAUUGGCUUGA